GUACUGGUAAAUAAUCACAACAAAUAUAACUGAUAAAUACAACAUUGAUCACUAUUUUGACCACCAUUUCUGCUUUUUGUAUACAUAAUAAUACCAGAAUACACCAAGAUGUAUGACAGUUAUACUUAUAUAUACAUGUGCCUACAUAUACUUAAGAAAUCUGAUUUAUUUAAAAUAAUUUAAAUAUAUCACAAGGAGAGAAAACUGAUAAAUUUCGACAAUGAACAAAGAUAUGGACAAAAAAUUGGAGGAAUUGAACACAAAAAGAAAAGAACUGUCAGCGAGGGAGAGUAUGAGGCUGACACAGCAGGAGAGGUCACAGCAGAGUGACACUCACCUCCAGGGUCACUACCAGGAGGCACUGACUCGCAACACCAUCCUUGUUCAGGAUGUACAGCGGGAGAUGGCUAAACUACGCACCCUACAGACCUCUCCUGUGUUGGCUGGUCUCCAGGUGCUCAAAGACCAGUAUCUGGCACUGUAGACCAUCAAUUUCCUGUGUUGGCUGGUCUCCAGGCACUCACAGACCAGUAUCUGGCACUGUAGACCAUCACUUUCCUGUGUUGGCUGGUCUCCAGGCAUUCACAGACCAGUAUCUGACACUGUAGACCAUCAUUCUCCUGUGUUGGCUGGUCUCCAGGCAUUCACAGACCAGUAUCUGGCACUCUAGACCAUCACUCUCCUGUGUUGGCUGGUCUCCAGGCACUCACAGACCAGUAUCUGGCACUGUAGACCAUCACUCUUCUGUGUUGGCUGGUCUCCAGGCACUCACAGACCAGUAUCUGGCACUGUAGACCAUCACUCUCCUGUGUUGGCUGGUCUCCAGGCACUCACAGACCAGUAUCUGGCACUGUAGAUCAUCGCUCUCCUGUGCUGGCUGGUCUUCAGGCACUCACAGACAAGUGAUGAAUGUUGUGUAGUGAUGGUUGUGUAGUGAUGAAUGUUAUGUAGUGAUGGAUGUUGUGUAGUGAUGGUUCUGUAGUGAUGAAUGUUAUGUAGUGAUGAAUUUAUGUAGUAAAGGAUGUUGUGCAGUGAUGGUUCUGUAGUGAUGAAUGUUAUGUAGUGAUGAAUGU